CUCUUGUACAAUUUCUCAUUGAAAAUUGCCUUAAAAUAUUUGGAGAAGACAUCACUUCCCUCUUGGGAGAGAACUCAAUGAGUCGUGGUAACAGCGAGCAGGCUGCAGACUCCAGCCUGAAGACUGUGAAAACCCGUUCUUUCAGAGAUAGGGCGUUUUGUCGGGGUUCCAGCACUUCCCAGCACAACCAGUGCACAGCCCCACCUUCCGCAAAGCCAGGACAGCUCUUUGGAGUUCCCCUCAUGGAUGUGUGUGAUAAAGACAACUUCUCCUUCCCAAUUCUGGAUUUUCUUAGAAAUAUACACGGAAGUAUAUUUUUAUCUGAUCUCUAUGACAAAUGGCUCGGUGUUAUUGAUCAAGGCAACGAAGAGGAGAAGAUAACUGCAGCCCAGAGGUAAUGAUGCAAUAAUUACUCUGGUCACAUCUCCAAAAUACAGCCAACAUACUAUUAGGAAAACAUUGGCUUAUGUUUUGCAGC